AUGUCGAGAUACACCGGCGAGACGCCUAUGGACUUUGAGUGGGGGAAUGGAACCGGUGCUGUCGACGCCCGCUCACCCUUCGCUCAAGUGAGCUCAAAUGCCCAGCGCUUCCCUGCCAGCCCGCCGAAAAAGAGUGAGCGCAAUCCCCGCAAGGGUAUCUUUGGGCGGUCGCUGAUAGGUAUUGAAGGAACGAACAGUGCUUUCGAGUCGUCGCCGUCGAAGCAGCGAACUAUGGGAACUUCACCGAGCAAGCCGCUUCCUCCUACGCCAGCGUUCAACUCCCUCUUCAGCACGCCGCGCAGACCCAGACCGGAGAUAGAUGACUCUUCGGCUGGGGAGACACCGAAGUCGCCGGAGCGGGGGAACGAUAGCGAUGGCACGCCAGAUAUUGUGAAUACCAGAUCAGCGAUGACGAUGUUCGACAACCUGAGCACUCCUGCAAUCGCUGGUGCCGAGCGGAACAGCCCCACAAAGGAGAGGCCACAGGCAGACAGAAGGGAUAGCAUGCUAGGAAGACUGGUAUCAAAAGCUCGUAACAAGAUCUACAGCCCCGGCCGAAGCGACUACCCACGCGCAGAACACGUUGGCGCAAUCGAGAAGAAGCGCUCAACGAAGCGGAAGCGAGAUGUGGACCGCAGAGUCGCUCGACGGAGACGGCAUAGUAUGUCAGACUCCGGAGAGGAAGCCGAUCUACCUCCCAAAAGCCCGCGCAAACGAAGCGGCGGCCACAAGCCCCCUGUCGAGAAGGAACCGCACUGGAUCAGCAACCUCUUCACCUUCAUCGGCGCACACCCCUCCGUCCCGCAUAUCCUCUCCUACUACGCCCAAUUCCUCUUCAACGUCUUCUUACUAGGAUGUUGCGGCUAUCUGAUCUACUGCUUCUGGUCCGCUGUGCAGGGCGACGUUGACAAGAAGUCAUGGGAGGCAAUAGCGGACGAAAUGGCGAUCAUGGCGAAAUGCGCGAAGGAUUACAAGGCGAAUCAAUGCGCGCCGGAUACGCGGACGCCGUAUCUGGAGAAUACAGGUAUUUGCCAGGAGUGGGAAAAAUGCAUGAAUCGGGAUCCGAAAAAGGUGGGAAGGGCGAGGGUGUCAGCGCAUACGUUUGCGGAGAUAUUCAAUUCUUUCGUGGAGCCGAUCAGUUGGAAGGCGAUGGCGUUUACGACGAUUCUGGUGUUUGGUUGUUUUGGGAUCUCGAAUAUGGCAUUUGGCUUCUUCCGCAACAAGGCACAGCAACACCAGCCGCCCAACUAUGGAUACGGGUAUGGGCCUCCACCGCCAACACCUCAACGGGCUUUUAGCGGACAGGAUGGUGCAUUUUACGCUGGGACACCGUGGCAUAUGCCUCCUCCCGGAGUGGGCUUUGAGCCGCAGCCUUCUGGUGGUGGGUAUGGGCAGAUCGAAGGUGGCGGGAGUCCGGUGAGACGGCUUGUGUAUAAUUGA